AUGAGCUCUUGGACAUCAAAGGAAAACGUGAACGGGGUCUACAUCCCCUCCGCGCUGCUGAUUUUCGGCACCACGAUCAUCAAAAAGGAAUGGGUUGCUUAUGCGACGGCCCUGGCAUUCGUCUUGUCCGCAUGGAAAAUAUUCAGUAACAGGCCACGAAAGGUCCUGACUCCUACGGAAUUCCAGAAUUUCGUCCUCAAGGAUAAGACCAUCGUAUCCCACAAUGUCUGCAUUUACCGAUUCGCCCUCCCCAGGCCGACCGACAUUCUCGGCCUUCCCAUCGGCCAGCAUAUCUCCCUUGCUGCCACGAUCCCCGGACAAUCGAAGGAGAUUGUGCGCUCCUAUACUCCAAUCUCCUCUGACGACGACGCUGGAUACUUUGAUCUGCUCAUCAAAUCUUACCCACAGGGUAAUAUUUCGAAGCACUUGACCACGCUCCGUAUUGGGGACAAGAUGAAGGUCCGCGGGCCCAAGGGCGCGAUGGUUUAUACUCCCAAUAUGGUCCGUCAUAUCGGCAUGAUCGCUGGUGGAACAGGUAUCACCCCGAUGCUUCAAGUCAUCAAGGCCAUCAUCAAGGGUAGACCCCGAAACGGAGGCAACGAUACCACCCAGAUUGAUCUUAUCUUUGCCAACGUGAACCCCGACGAUAUCCUUCUCAAGGAAGAAUUGGAUCAACUUGCCAAGGAAGACGAUGCUUUCCGGAUUUACUACGUCCUUAACAACCCACCAGAGAAGUGGAAUGGCGGCGUUGGAUUCGUUACUCCAGACAUGAUCAAGUCCAAAUUACCCGCUCCAGCCAAUGAUAUCAAAGUCCUCAUCUGCGGCCCUCCACCAAUGGUCAGCGCCAUGAAGAAAGCCACCGAAUCCUUGGGAUAUAAAAAGGCCAAUCUUGUCAGCAAGCUUGAGGAUCAGGUUUUCUGCUUCUAA